AUGGAAGCUCAGGUCGAAAAUGCCGUCGAGCUUCUGUCGAAUCCCACCUCCAACCAGUCGCUGAAGGAGCAGGCGUUCGAGUUCCUCAGUGAACUUCGGUCCAACCCACAAGGCUGGCAAGCGUGCACGAACCUCUUCGCCCGAACCCCCCGGCCAUCCGAGGUCGUCCGCAUGGUGUGCCUUGAGGUCGUCAACUAUGCCGUUCACACCCAGGGCCUCGACGGCGAAAGCCUCGCCUAUCUCAAGUACACGUUACUGCAAUAUGUGCGCCAAGGAUACGGGCCCGAGGCCCAACAGGAGCCCGAUCCGGUCUCGCUCCAGAACAAGCUUACCCAGACGUUGACAUACCUCUUUGUCUUCCUGUACCAAAAUGGCUGGCAGAGCUUCCUCGACGACUUCUGGGAGCUCACCGGCGUCCCGAGCAACGCCAGCAACUCUCCAGGCGUCCUUCUCUACCUACGCAUCUUGUCGUCGAUCCACGACGAAAUCGCCGAUAUGCUCCUGGCGAGGGAGAGCAACGAAGCCAAGCGGAACACGGAGCUGAAAGACCAGCUCCGCGCCCAAGACAUGCACAAGGUGGCCGACUCGUGGAAGCAGCUGCUCGUCAGAUACGCCGACAACGACACUGUCGUCGAGCUGGUCCUCAAGGUUGUCGGCAAAUGGGUCAGCUGGAUGGACAUCUCGCUCGUCGUGAGCCAGGACAUGCUGAACCUGCUGCUUCCCGUCGUUGGGCGUACCAACCACGGCACGGAAGACAAGGUCCGCGACACCGCCAUUGAUACCCUCACGGAAAUUUGCGGCAAGAAGAUGCGGUCCGCCGACAAGAUGGAGAUGGUUUCCUUUCUCAGCCUCGAGCAGAUUGUGGGUCAGCUCAUUGCCAGCCCGUCUCUGACGGAGCUCAAGGGCACGCCAAAGUACGACACCGACCUGGCCGAGGCAGUCGCCAAGCUUGUCAACACCGUCAUGUCCGACAUCGUCAAGGCCCUCGACGAUUCUCAGAGCAACGAGGAGACUCGAGAGCGCGCGAAGCAGCACCUCAACGGGUUCCUGCCAUUCCUGCUGCGGCUCUUCUCCGACGACUACGACGAGGUCUGCUCGACCGUGAUCCCCGCCCUCACCGACCUCCUUACCUUCCUCCGGAAGCUGGGUCAGCUGCCUCCCGAAUACUCUCGUAUGCUGGCCCCUAUCCUCGACGCCAUCAUUCGCAAAAUGCGCUUCGACGAGACGUCGUCUUGGGGCAACGAGGACGAGCAGACAGAUGAGGCCGAGUUCCAGGAGCUGCGGAGGAAACUGCAAAACCUGCAAAAGACCAUUGCCGCCAUCGACCAGCCGCUGUACAUGGACAUGCUGAGCAACCUGGUGGCGACGACGUUCCAGUCGCUGGACCAGCGUGGCUCAGACAUGGACUGGCGAGACCUCGACCUGGCCCUCUACGAGAUGUACCUGUUUGGGGAGCUCGCGUUGCCCAACCAGGGCCUCGGGACCAAGAACCAGCCGUCCAGCGAGGCUUCCGAGAGGCUGGUUGUCAUGAUGCAGAAGAUGGUUGGGUCAGGCAUUGCUAGCUUCUCGCAUCCUGCGAUCCUGCUCCAGUACAUGGAGAUUUGCGUGAGGUACUGCGCCAUCUUCGAGAGCCAUCCGGAGUAUAUCCCGCAGGUAUUGGAAAACUUCGUGCGAUUAGUGCAUCAUGACCACGUUCGUAUCAAGACGCGCUCUUGGUACCUCUUCCACCGGUUCAUUAAGCAACUGCGAUCGCGCGUUGGCAACGUAGCCGAGACGGUGAUUCAGUCCAUCGGAGACCUGCUCCCAAUCAAAGCCGAGGUGCCUGGCGACGACGCCGAUGAUGACAUGUCCUCGGACGAGUCGGACCACUCCGCCGACGCGUUGUUCACAAGCCAGCUGUACCUGUUCGAGGCCAUUGGCUGCAUCUCUUCGACGCAGAGCACUCCGGCGGACAAGCAGGCGCUCUAUGCUCGGUCCGUCAUGGACCCGCUCUUCCAGGACAUGGAGGUGCAUCUCCAGCGGGCCAAGUCGGGCGACGCGCAAGCCGUGCUGCAGAUCCAUCAUAUUGUCAUGGCUCUGGGUACUCUUGCACACGGAUUCUCCGACUGGACCCCGGGGUCCGCCUCCAGCCACCACCCCCCGCCAGAGAAGGCCGUGUCGGACGAGUUCUCGCGCGCGGCCGAGGCCAUUCUCAUCGCCUUGAACCAGCUCAACUCGUCUGCGGAGAUCCGGACGGCAUGUCGCUCCUCCUUCUCCAAGCUUCUGGGCGUUCUGGGGUCAGCCGUCCUGCCACAGCUACCCCAGUGGAUCGAGGGCCUACUCUCGCAGAGCUCGUCCAAGGACGAGAUGGCCAUGUUCCUGCGACUCCUGGAUCAAGUGGUUUUUGGCUUCAAGUCGGAGAUAUACGAGGUGCUGAACGUGCUGCUCACGCCGCUGUUGCAGCGAAUCUUUGGCGGGCUGAGCGAGCCCAUCGCAGGCACGGACGACGAGAUACAGCUGGCGGAGCUGCGGCGAGAGUACCUUUCCUUCCUGCAGAUCAUCCUCAACAACGGGCUGGACGGAGUGCUCAUCAGCGAGGCAAACCAGGGUUUCUUUGAGCCCAUGAUUGCUUCCAUCACGGAGCUGGCCAAGUCGAUAGAAGGCAAUAUCGGGCCGAGCAGACUCGCCUUCACGCUCAUGGCACGAAUCUCGGCUAUCUGGGGCGGCCCAGACGUGGCCACGAUCUCGCAGAACCCUACCGCGCCCAGCGGGACCCCGACGCCGGCGAUCCCCGGAUUCGAUCGGUUCAUGAUCGAGCGGUUCCACACGGUGUGCUGGGAGGUGAUGCGGAAUCCCAGCUUCAGGCCGUCGCAGGACGCGCAGACCAAGCAGGUGUUGACGGAGAUUGCCAACCUGGAGCAAACCAUCUACUCCAAGACGGGGGACAUGUUCAUCCAGGAGCUGCAGAACGGGCUGUUCCCCAGCCUGGGGAUCGAUGGCGGGGAGUUUUUGAGGUCGUUGACGACGUCUACGGACAAGAAGGGCUUUGCGUCGUACCUUCAGGGGCUGUUGAAGAACAGACAUUAG